AUGGUAAUCGAUCCGGCCACUUCCCGUCUCUACAUUGGUGGAAUGAACCAUUUAUAUGAUCUAACUUCGGAUUCUCUUGCUGUACGGGUACACACGAUCACUGGACCUCACGAUGAUUCGGAAUCGUGUCGUGGUGGUAAAAACGACAGCUGCAACGAGCCGAAGCGUCCAUUCAACUCGAACACGAAAGCAUUAGCUGUUUACGACAAAUCGAGUAAACUUAUCGAGUGCACCUCACUGUUUCAGGGUCGUUGCCGUCUUCGCAAUUUGCACAACAUAAGCGAGGCGUUAGCUGAAUCAGAGAAUCCGAUCAUUGCAAACGAUGAGGAGAGCACUGUAGUGGUCUUUGUUGGCUCAGGCCCGAAAGAUCGAUCGGUUCUCUACGUUGCGUCCACGUUUGUCAAGGCGAAAAACGAGCGUGCCCAGUCGUACCGAGAGGACAUUCCAGCUGUCGCCUCGUUAGCUCUCGGAAAAUCCGAUAAAAACAAAGAAUUCGAUAAAGAAGAAAUCACACUCACCGCUGGCACCUAUAUCAACUUGAAUGCACGAUAUAGAGACAAGUACAAAAUCGAUUAUGUUGGUGGUUUCGAGGCUGGCGAUUUUGCCUAUUUUGCGACCCGGCAACGUACAAGAGUGAACGAAGAACAAGGAUAUUCGGUUCUUGAGAGUAAACUCGUUCGUGUUUGCGCUAAAGAUCGCAAUUUCUUCUCGUAUACUGAGGUAUCGUUAGAAUGUCGAGAUCGAGACGUUGACUACAAUCUCUUGACCGAUAUUUACGUCGGGAAAGCCGGCUACGAUUUGGCAAAAUCUUUGGACAUUUUGGAAAGCGAACAAGUUGUCUAUGGUGUCUUCCAGAUGGGCGAUCAGAACUCGAGUCGGAGAGAGGUUCCAACCACCGACUCGGCACUUUGCGUUUUCCCAAUGAGAGAUGUGGAAAAGCUCUUUCAAGAAAACGUCCUUGAUUGUUUUAAAGGAAAUAAGCACAAAGGCCUCGAGUGGAUGAACCGAAACGACAAUUGUGUGUCAACGAAACUCCCAUGGAAUCAGAUGAAAUGCGGCAAUGAUGUGAACAAAUAUAUUGGUGGAGUGUAUCCAAUCAAGAGUCAACCCGUACUCAAACAUCAUUCAAGAUUCACUGCGGUGGCGGUGAACACGACACACGGGACGACGAUCGCUUUCGUGGGCACUGAUGACGGACGAUUGAUUAAAAUCGCAAUUCAAUCAAAAGAAAAAGCUUUUGUCUAUGACGAGUUGCACGUUUCCCUCAAUGAACCCAUUCUACAAGAUCUUGAGUUCACCGACACCGGGAAAUACGUCUACGCACUGACGCCGACAAAGGUGAUUCGCGUGCCAGCCUCAGACUGUGGAGCUCUCUCAACGCAUUGUGGUGGCUGUCUGUCGAAGAAGGAUCCAUACUGUGGAUGGUGUGAUUUGAAAAAUCAGUGCACUGAGCAGGCAAAUUGUGGCAACUCGACGGUGACGAAUCUCGGCUGGCUCGAUUAUCAGAACAAUUUGUGUCCAAACAUCAAAAGCGUUGUGCCCGCGCAAAUUCAAGUGACCACAGCUGACUACAUCAAUGUCACUUUGGAGAAUGUUGGAGAGUCGAAAGGACGUUUGCGAUGUCAAUUCAAAUUCUUCGGCUCGAAUGGUCAAACGGUGGACGUCGAGAAGCCGAAGCACUAUGAUGCACUUGAUGGUACUCUUCGUUGUGCCACUCCUCCAUUCAAUCGUAUCCCAGUGAUUCCACCAAAUCAAUCACACAUCAACGCGACGCUAGCCAUCACACCGGAAGGAAGAUUGGCCCCAAUUGCGACUACGAAUUUUACGUUUUACGAUUGUGGACGGUACACGAGUUGCAGUGAAUGUACGAGAAGUGCUUUCCCUUGUGAUUGGUGCUUGGAAGCGAACGAGUGUGUGGAUGGGAAGUUGACCGAAGACAAGUGCCGGAAACAACACUUUGUCAACGGGAUUUCGCGAAAAGGUCAAUCCUCUCGUCAAGGGCCGAAUCAUUGCCCGUACAUCAAGGCGCCGCACGGGAAAAUCUUUGUGGCUGCCGGGGAGAGGAAAAAUAUUACAGUAAAGAUCUCAAAUCUUGACCCGACUUACAUGACGGAUUUUCGAUGCACUUUUCGAAUCGGCACAAUGAUGCAUGAUAAAAUCGCUCGAUUGGAAGGAGAGGAAGCUGUUGUCUGCGAUGAGAUGCGCUUUGAUCAAUCAGAACUCUCGAUGAAAGACGGCACAGCGCCAGUCGAUUUUCAAGUGGUUUGGUCGUCGACAAUCUCUGAAAUCAGUCACUCAUUCGAUAAUGUCAAUGGGACAGCUGUUGAGGUCUAUCGAUGCGAGGAGUUGGCGUCAAAUUGUGGGCUUUGUCUCUCGUUGGAUCCGUCAAAAUUUGACUGUGGAUGGUGUGGAAAAGAUAGCAAAUGUGUACGUCCACGAGCGUGCAAAUGGCGUAAGCCGAGCGAUUGGUUGAACUCGACCCAGUUGUGUCCACAUCCAACAGUCGCCUCGUUUUCACCGAAGAAAGGACCAAAUAGUGGAAGGACAAGGAUCCGUGUAAUCGGCUCGAAUCUCGGUCGAUCAUUUAUGGACUUGAAUGGCGUUGUUAUGGUGGCUAAUGUGCCUUGUUUGGUUGGGAAAAUGGAUUUCAUCUCGUCAUCGGAAUUUUUCUGCACAACUGGCCAAGCACCUGUCCCAUUAAGCAAAGGAGAAGUGGUGAUUCGUUUGCAAAACUCGGAUAAUUUCUACGCCGUCACCAGAGAUCAAUUCGCAUAUGUUGAGGGAAAAGUUGAAGGAAUCCAACCGAAUGAAGGGCCACAAUGGGGAGGAACUGAUGUGGUGUUGAGUGGAAAUGAUCUAGAUGCGGGAAGCGAGAUGUUGAUCAAAUUCGGCGAAUCCCCAUGCACUGUGCUGAGCCGAAACGCAACGCAUGUCCGAUGUCGAACGAGCACCGUUCAAUCCGAUCCAUCAAUGCAAGGAAUCUCUCAAACCGAUGUGAAUGUCACGGUUUUCGUUGACCAAGCCCCGCUAAAAGUGCACAACUAUGCACGAUUCAAGUACAGCCCAAACCCCCAAACGCAGCGAGUCACUCCGGAGCACUCGAUCAUUGCCGGUGGGAUUACGGUGGAUGUGGAGGGGAGCGGCUUCCGUUUAUUGCAGAGACCCGCAAUGCUUUUGUACGCUGAUGGACGUGCACCACAGACUGGUCCUCCUUGCGUGAUCGAUUCGGACUCUUUAAUGCUGUGCAAGACGCCGAGCUUCCCGGAGACGACCCGUCGACCAACUGUCUCCCAUCCGAUCAUCGCUUCUUAUGCUUUCAACUUUGACGGAAAUCCCACAGAGAAACACCAAUUCAAGAUCUACCCAAAUCCGAACAUCUCGAAAUUCUCGCAGACAAGAUUUUACCGGCCAGGAGAGGACAGUUUAUCGAUAAAUGCAAUCGAUGUGAAGGGGAUCGCUUUUGAAAGGGAUAUACAGAUUACGGUUGGCGGGGUUUUGUGUAAUUUGAACGGGAUUGGGAAAGACGCGUUGACGUGUCGGCCGCCGAAUGUCAAGCCGGCUGUUGGUGGCGGAGUGCAACCGGAAGUGAUUGUGAAGAUCGGAGAUGAAAGUUACCCAGUCGGCGAGCUUUCUUAUGACUCUCAAUCAGUCUCCUCAGCAAUCAUCGGUGUCAUCGUUUUCAUCACAAUUAUCAUGGCACUUUGCUUGAUUUGUGUCUGCAUAAUGUAUAGACGAAAAACGACUUCACACCAGCGCCAGAUGAAGUACUUGAAGCACCAAAUGGAUUCGAUUGAGAUGAAAGUUGCUACUGAGUGUAAAGAGGCGUUUGCUGAAUUGCAAACUUCUUUAAACGCAUACACAGCCGAACUCCCACUCGGUUCAUCGAUGGUGCCGUUUCUCGAUUUUCGUGAAUACGCAGCUAGGGUCUUAUUCCCAAACACUCACAAGCAUCCAGUGCUUCGCGAGCUGGAAGUGGACAGCGCUCGAGCGAUGGCUGUGGAAAAUGCGUUGCGAGAGUUUCAUCGACUCAUCCUCAAUAAAACCUUUUUGCUCACGUGGAUUCGUGUGAUGGAAUCGAACAAGUAUUUCCUGGGCAAAGAUCGAGUUUACGUUGGCUCGCUGUUGAUGGUUGUGUUGCAGGAGAAAAUGGGUUAUUGCACUGAAAUCCUCAAGCAAUUGCUGAAAGAGCUCAUCGAGCGAACAGUCGAGAAGAAAUUUCAACCGAAAAUCUUAUUCAGAAGAUCUGAGAGUGUUGCUGAGAGGAUGUUAGCAGCUUGGUUUACUUUCCUAAUGCACAAACAUUUAAUGGCGUAUUCUGAAUCGGCUGGUCGAAAACUUUAUGAACUCUAUUGGGGUAUCAAGCAGCAAAUGGAGAAAGGACCACAAGAUGCGCUUACUCUUGAAGCAAGGUAUUCUCUAUCCGAAGAGAAACUCCUACGAGCCACCUUUGAUUUCCGAGAGUUGACCGUUUUUGUGGCCGGAGAUUUGACAAUAAGCGGAUAUCCGCAACCGGAUGUGCCAGUGAGGGUGCUUGAUUGUGAUACGAUUACGCAGGUCAAAGAGAAAUGCAUUGAGGCAAAAUUCCGCGCGGUACCCUAUUCGGAGCGGCCGAAAGCUGAGGAUCUUGAUUUGGAGUGGAGAACGGGGAUCAAUGGGAGAAUUUUGCUGCAGGACGUUGACAGUACAUCACGAGUGGAGGCGGGCGGUUGGAAAAAGCUGAAUACACUUGCGCACUAUCAAGUUCAAAAUAAUGCCGUCGUCGCGCUGUUGACUCGGCAAAGCAGUCUCUACAAUUUGUCUUUACUAUCCGAGAGAAGCGAGAAAUCAACAAUGUCGUUGAAGAAUUCCCCAACUUUGUCAAGACCUUUUGGUACUUCAUCAUCAUCAUAUUCGAGAGAUCACGAUGGUCACCAUAAAUUGUAUCAUUUGGUGAAACCAUCCGAGCAUGGACCUGGCGAGAAUCCGGAGAAGAUGGUCACCGAGAUUUAUUUGACUAGAUUGCUGAUGAUGAAGGGAACACUUCAAAAGUUCAUCAACGAUCUCCUCGAGGCGAUUUUCUCGACAGGUGGCCGAACGGGUGGAUUGCCGACUUGUAUCAAGUACAUGUUCGACUUUAUGGAUGAUCAGGCUCAAGAGAAUGGGAUCACUGAUCCGGAGGUUGUGCACGCGUGGAAGAGCAAUGCAUUACCGUUGAGAUUUUGGGUGAAUCUAAUCAAGAACCCGCACUUCCUCUUCGAUAUCCCGAAACCUACAAAGGUGGAGGGUUGUCUCUCCGUGGUCGCUCAAACUUUGAUGGACGCUUGCUCUACUCAAGAUCAUCAGCUAACGAAAGACAGUCCAUCAAGUAAACUCCUCUUCGCAAAAGACAUGUACCAAUAUCGAGAACAAGUCGAUUCCUAUUACAACGAGAUUCAACGGAUGGAUCCAUUAUCCGAUCAAGAGAUGCAAUCAUUGUUGGCUGAAGAGAGUCGACAGCACAAGGGGAAAUUCUAUGUGUUCUCGGCGUUGAAUGAGUUGUACAAGUACUUGGAUCAGUACAGAGAUGGGCUCUUGGAAGCGUUGGAGCAUAACGAGCAAGCACAAGCAGCUCGCUUGCCGGCUAGAUUACAGGAUAUGCUUGCCAUGAUGGAGUCUCAGCAUGUGCCCGACUACGACGGUUCGACUCUCGGUCAUCAGUACAAUUCAGCGAGUCGACUAAUGGGUCGUCAU